UAAAAAGUGGUUCUAUGAAUCAAAUAUAAGUAUAUAGACGUAUACACAGCUAACCAACUUCACGGAAUGAUGACUGCGGUGAAACAAACAUUUUACUCAUUUCACUGCAACGAACAUUCCUUACACACACUUCCACCCAGAAAUGUCUCGUUUCCUUCCCUUAUUUCCAUUAUUUACAUCCUUUGAUAAUUGCUGGAAUUGUGCGAAGUUUGUGUGGGUGGACUGGAUGCUGCAUGGCAAGCAAUACACGGAACAAUAUACCGAGGUUAUAUCAUGGUUAAACCACAAACGAACGAUCAGUUACUGCUGCGGCAGCAGUUCGAGCGGUAUUCUGAGAACUCUCCGUUCAGAAGAAGUGAAAAUACUGUCCAAAAGACUCGAAGAACUUGGUAUAAGAAUCAUCCACGAAUUAUGGAUAGUCAAGCAUUUCGUAAGCAUGGCACAGAGAUGGUGGAAUAUAUAUGCAAAUAUUUGGACACCCUGAAAGACCGGCGUGUCACACCUAGCGUCGAACCCGGCUAUUUAAGACAUUUAAUACCAUCUGAGGCUCCAUUCGAACCGGAGGAAUGGAGUAAGAUAAUGCAAGAUGUGGAAGAUAAAAUAAUGCCUGGUGUCACGCAUUGGCAGCAUCCACGAUUUCAUGCCUACUUUCCGGCAGGAAAUGCAUUCGAAUCUAUUUUGGGUGAUAUGCUGGGGGAUGGUAUCGGUUGCAUUGGUUUUUCCUGGGCCGCAAGUCCCGCAUGUACGGAGCUGGAAACAAUUGUGUUGGAUUGGCUGGGAAAAGCAAUCGGUUUACCUGACCAUUUUUUAGCUUUAAAGGAGGGCAGCACAGGAGGUGGAGUUAUACAGAGUUCCGCCUCUGAGUGCGUAUUGGUCAGCAUGUUGGCCGCGCGCGCUCAGGCGCUCAAACGUCUUAUGGCUCAACAUCCAUUUACCGAGGAAAGUCACUUACUUUCCAAGUUGAUCGCCUAUUGCUCCAAAGAAGCACACAGUUGUGUUGAGAAAGCUGCCAUGAUAAGCUUUGUAAAACUGCGAAUUUUGGAGCCAGAUGAAAAUGCUAGCUUGCGCGGGCGCACCGUGAGUGAGGCAAUGGAGGAGGACGAAUUGCAAGGUUUGGUGCCAUUUUUCGUUUCCACCACCCUUGGCACUACCGGCUCCUGCGCCUUUGAUAACUUGGAGGAAAUUGGCAAGGAAUUGAAAAAGUUUCAGUGUGUUUGGUUGCAUGUGGAUGCUGCCUAUGCCGGCAACUCUUUCAUCUGUCCCGAAUUGAAGUCACUCUUAACGGGUAUCGAAUACGCUGAUUCAUUCAAUACGAAUCCCAAUAAAUGGCUAUUAACAAAUUUCGACUGUUCAACAUUCUGGGUCCGCGAUCGAAUCCGCUUGACAUCAGCACUUGUCGUGGAUCCAUUGUAUCUGAAGCAUUGCUAUGAUGAUGCAGCAAUUGACUACCGUCAUUGGGGAGUUCCGCUCAGUCGACGUUUUCGCUCGUUGAAAUUGUGGUUUGUGUUGCGUUCCUACGGAAUUUCCGGAUUGCAGAACUACAUACGACGUCACAUCGAAUUGGCCAAACGUUUCGAACAGCAUGUGCUUAAAGAUAAACGCUUCGAGAUUUGUAAUCAAGUCAAGCUUGGAUUGGUUUGUUUCCGAUUGAAGGGUAACGACAAGCUAAAUGAGAAGCUACUCAGCGCCAUUAAUGAAUCAGGUAAACUGCAUAUGGUUCCUGCUAGUGUCAACGAUAAAUACAUUAUACGAUUUUGUGCGGUGGCACAAAAUGCCUGUGAAGACGACAUCGAUUAUGCCUGGGAAACCAUAGUUGAUUUUGCUAACGAAUUACUUGAAAAGGAACAACACGAUGAACUAACAGAGAUAAUCAAUCGAAAGAAGGAAGACACAUUGGCUAAGAAACGCUCAUUCUUCGUACGAAUGGUCAGCGAUCCGAAAAUCUAUAACCCGGCUAUCAAUAAGGCAGGUACGCCAAAUAUGUCGUUAGAUGUUACAUCGCCGGUAGUGGGACACUCUUCAAAUCCUAUUAUAAGAACACAAACAUCGAUGGAUCGGAAUUCGUGGAUUUCCUGGCCCUUAGCGUUUCUCUUCAACAGUAACAGUGAUGAUGGAGGGCAGAAGAGUAAUGUUUCAUUGCGUUUUCGUCAUUUAGACACAAAUGUACGAGCCAUUUCGUCGAGACGCAAUUCCGGUGCCACAUCUUCGCCAUCACCUGACAAUGAGUUGGGCUCUAUUAAUCUGAAGAAGUCACCAAUAAAACCAACAACACCAUCGCCACGAAAAGGCGGCCUCUCACUAACCACAACUAGCAAUCACUCCUAAAAAAAUGUUCAUCCCCAACGUUGUCUCAAGAGCAAAAAAAGGUAGCUUCCAUUCUGCUUGCGAAAUUGACUAUUUAUUGCAAUGCAAAAUUGAAUACUUAAAAUCUUUAAAUAUAUUUGCUUAUAUCAGUUAUAUUAUUAGUGUUAUAGCAUUUAAAUAAAUUGAAUCUUAUUGCAAGUUCAAAAAGUAUCUAUGUAUGUAUAUGCUAUUAUUUAAUGAAAGAAAUAUUGAUCUAGGGAUGGCAUUUGGUUAUACAGAUAUUUAAUUAAAGUAUGGGACAAUGAACCACCAAGUUUAGGGAUGGCAAUUAGUGCCGUUAUUUCCAAUAUUCCAUUAAUCAGUCUCUUUUUGAACGGUAAAACAAAAAAUUAUCGACAAACACAAAUUACUUCCAAAAUAAGUUCAAGUUCUCUGCGGUAUUUGCCUAUCUGGCCAUCUUAGCUCCAUUUUCGCAAUGUACGCAGCCAUCUGUCAGUUAAGUUCUGGUUAACAAGUAAGUCUCCUUCUAUCGCUAAAGAUUCAUUUCUUACAUUUUAAGUAAUGUACAAAACUUUAAAAAUAUAGAUACAUAUAUAUAUAGUAUACGUAUGUACAAAGGUAGCUGUAUGAAAGGCAAAGUUUUUAACCAUAGAAACAAAGCAUAUGUUUUCGUAUCUAUUAACAUACUCGUACAUAUGUACAUACAUAUAUUAUACAUAUAUACACGAAUGUCCACGGCAAAUCUAAGAUUUACAGGUGAAAUAGUCAUCAUUUUCUGGCUUUUUUAGUUUUAUAUACAUGUGUAUAUAAAUUCAAAGAAAGCAUUAACGCUUGACUUAAAUAAAUGCAGUUGAGAUUUUCGAUGAAAAUUUAUUUGUUUUUUUUUCUUUUCUUCAUUGUUUAUUCAGCUUCGCAAAUAAUUGAUUAUAGAAAUAUGUAGAAUGUAGAAAUCCUAAAUUAAACAAUGUGCUAAUUAUAAAAUUUACAAAGCACACAUGAGUAAGUAAAUAUUCGUAGUGUCUAAGUUAAUUAAUAUAUUUUGUGGGGGUCUUUAAAAAGUUCCAAAAAUGUUUUAUGACCUCCGAUCUAGUAAAUUCGAAGCAAAGAUGAGUACGCAGAAAUAUUUUGAUGAUAUUUCUCAUGCGCUCUAUUUGCGCAAAUAAUAGCGAUUUGAAUUGUUUACAUACACAUAUUGUUUUAAGACAAUACAUAGUGGAUUUAACAAGUUCAUUUCAUAUCUGAAAUGUAUAUGCAAAGUCGCCAUGUGUGUAUUGAUGAGUGUAAACAAAAUUACCCCUGGGCCCACACACUUAGCAGACACAUACGUAAGUAUGUACAUAUGAACAUGUGCAUUUGGUGUUUAGGAAAGGUGUGAUCUUCUCAGUGUGGCUUAUUUAUAGAUGUGUUUACACCUAUGUUAAUAUCUUGUAAACUUCGAUUUAUUAUUUAAAGGUUUAGGGGAUGAAGGAGAUGGUAAAAGGAGAAAACAAAAAUGUUUGUUGAUACUUCAGUUUUGUUUUUAUGCAGCCGAAAAAUAUUUGCCAACAUGACGAAAACAAUUAUCUAUAGAAUGUGGAGAAGUCCAUAUAUGGACUGUGAAUCCGU